AUGGGUGCACCAAAUUCUUCAGAAACUGCUUAUGGAGCCUCUCGAGUUGAACUUUAUCGCUUCUUGAAACAAAGAAGGGUCGUUGUGGGGAGUGGGCCAAUUUCUUCUCACUCUAUUGCAGAUCAUUUGGCUAUGAAAUUCGUCUGCCAUGAUCGUGAAAAUGUCAGACACAUCAUCAUGCCUUGCUCUUGGUCAACUAGGUCACAGCUCAUUCCUGACAUCAUUCGCCAUCAUAGCAGUGAAGGAAGAACAAUUGUUUUCACAAAACUUUCUGGUGUGAUGGAGGGAGCACGCCCUCUUCAUGGACACAUUCAACAGUCUGGUCAUGAGUGUGAACCACCGCGUGAUGUUGAAGACUACAUUCACCGAUCUGGGAGGACAGGAAAGUCAAAUAUUUCAAAAUUAGAGAGGGAGGCAGGUGUGAAAUUUGAACACAUAUCCGCCCCUCAACCUGCUGAUAUUGCUAAAGCUGUUGGUGGUGAUGCUGCAGAAGCUAUAAUUCAAGUUGCUGAUAGUGUGAUCCCUGUUUUCAAGUCGGCUGCUGAAGAGUUGUUAAACAAUUUCGGCCUAACACCAGUAGAGCUUCUUGCAAAGGCACUUGCCAAGAGCAUUGCUGCAAGAGAUGCUGGAGCUCUUAAAGAAGCUAAGGACAAACAGGAGAAGUGA